GACAGGUCGCAGCGUCACAGCCCUGUGUGUCGGUCGGGACCUAGCGUUAGCUGCGGUGUAAGCUGCGGGGGAGAGGCGGUUCUUGAAGGCGUGGAAACCCACUUGACGUUACCGAUAACGGGAUAUCGAUCCCAAGUGAUCGGUGCCGAUGAAACGACCCGUCUCGUGUGGACCCGGAGGAGAAGAAGAGACUUUUACAGUCACACGGUUCUUCAGAUACAACCGGAAGGACCCACCAGAGCCCGGAUGUGUGGACUAACGUGUUGAAGAGGACUUUGUAGAGGGAGACGGACCCGAACGGAGCCGAGCGACACCGAGCGGGGCCGAGUGAGCGAAGCGUUUUUAACGGAGUUGUCUGGAGGAAACGUUUCUGUGAGCUCGUGAAGAUGUCUAAAGUCCAACAGCUGAGAUGUUUAGUCAACCAGCGACUAACUGCGGCUGCGCAAGAGAUCUUUGGUCUGUUUGAAAGAACGAUAGCAGAGUACGAGGAGGAACUUUGUAGUUCCAGAGAGGAGAACGAGCGACACCGGAAACGACUGGACGCUGUGUUCAACCCGGAAGUCCGGUUACAAAGAGCAGAGGAUCCAGAACCCCCCCACAUUAAAGAGGACCAGGAGGACCCAGAGCCCUCCCACAUUAAAGAGGACCAGGAGGACCCAGAGCCCUCCCACAUUAAAGAGGAACAGGAGGACCCAGAACCCCCCCACAUUAAAGAGGAACAGGAGGAACUCUGGACCAAUCAAGAGGGAGAGCAGCUUCAAGGGCUGGAGGAGGCUGCUCUCAAGUUCUCAUUCACUGUAAAGAGUGAAGAUGAUGAAGAGGAAGCUCAGUCCUCUCAGCUUCAUCAAAGACAAACUGAACACAUGGAAACAGAAGCUGAUGGAGCGGAUUGUGGAGGACCAGAACCAGACAGGAAGUUAGAUCCAGAAAGACAUCCAGGACCAGAUACUGAUGAGACUGAGGACAGUGAUGAUUGGGAAGAGACUCAGGAACCUCAGUCAGAUGUGAACUCUCAAAACAAAGAAGUACCUGUAAGUGAUGUGAACUGUAGUACUGGAAAUACAUCAAUCAGCUCUCCUGAAUGUGCUGGAAGCUCUGACCACAAGGGACAUCUGGAGAAACCCACUAGCUCCAAAACAGGAGAGAAACCAUUUCAAUGCUCACUUUGUGACAAAAGAUUUGGAUUCAAUGAGUAUCUAAAGAAACACAUGACUGUCCACACAGGAGAGAAACCAUUUAGAUGUUCUGUGUGUAGUAAAACAUUUAAACAAAAGGGAACCCUGAAGGUUCACAUGACUAUCCACACAGGAGAGAAACCAUUUAGUUGUUCUGUGUGUAGGAAAACAUUUUCACUAAAUGGAAACCUGAAAGCUCACAUGAAUGUCCACACAGGAGAGAAACCAUUUAGAUGUUCUGUGUGUAGUAAAACAUUCACACAAAAGGGAAUUCUGAAAGUUCAUAUGACUGUCCACACAGGAGAGAAACCAUUUCAAUGCACGAUUUGUGACAAAAGAUUUGGAUCCAGUAGUGAUCUAAAGAGACACAUGACUGUCCACACAGGAGAGAAACCAUUUAGUUGUUCUAUGUGUAGUAAAGCAUUUACACAAAAGGGAACCCUGAAUGCUCACAUGAGUAUCCACACAGGAGAGAUACAAAAACAUUUUCACAAAAGCAACAUCUGAAACAACAUUUAAUUAUCCACACUAGAGAAACUAAUUAGUCGUUCGUUUGCUCAACAGGAUUCUCUUGUCUCGGUUAUUCCAAAAAUCGCAAAUGUAGUUAUGAGUGUCUCUGAAAUAAACAUGGUUAAACACUUAAAAACUCUCAGGCUGCUACAGUGUUGUAACAGCUGUUCAAGUAAUCUGUUGUUGUUUUCUUGGUGGCUCACAAACAUUUGGAAAGUUCAAACAAUGUUUCCACCAAAAUGACUUCAGUUCAAUGUUCUUCUUCCAUAUUUGUCCCAGAGUUUGUAACCAAGCUGCAGCAGACGGGUUUUAUUUUUAAAUAAAUAUGUGUGUUCACGAUUAA